CAUUUCAAGCUGCUGUAGCCUUCAUGGGGCAGGGGCGUACUUUACCGCAACAUCCUCCUCAUUAUUUUAUUACUUAAAUUGAGCAAUCUGAGGUUGAACAGUAGGGUAGCAAAUGAUGAUAUCACAAUAAUUAUCUCCUGGAAAUGAUUAAUGCACAAUUUCAGCCUAUAAUAUUGUUGUUGAAGGAGGUGGGGCAGCUUCCUCUUUUUGCACAUUAAGCAAGAGCCUCUACAUUGGCACCGAGUCCUCCUCGAGAGACAGCUGCUUCUGUUACUUCCAUAAAGAUGGACCCUGAGAUUGUGGAGAAUAUUGUUCUGCUGGUGAUUGUCACCUUGAUAAGUGUCAUUCAGAAUGUUUCAUUUGCAUUCAAAGUGGAGAACGAAUCCAAGAGCCAGCAAUCCAGGACCUUCCAGAGAACCGGUUCACCUGCAUUCGAGAAAGUGUAUACGGCAAACCAGAACUGUAUCGAUGCAUAUCCGACCUUUCUUGCGGUGCUGUGGUGUGCAGGAGUGCUCUGUAGUCAAGCACCUGCAGCCUUUGCUGGCCUCAUGUAUUUGUUUGUAAGACAGAAGUACUUUGUUGGAUAUCUGGGAGAAAAGACACAGAGCACCCCAGGAUACAUUUUUGGAAAGCGUAUCAUCUUUUUCCUGUUUGCUAUGUCAGUGGCUGGAAUAUUGAACUAUUACCUUAUUUUAGUUUUUGGAAGCAGCAUAGAAAUGUACCUGAAAACAAUGAGCAGUGUUAUCUCGCCAUUACUUCUCAUACCAUAAUACUGAGGUCUCCUUAGUUCUCCUUUGUGUGGUCCACAAUUUAGUUGUCCCACAACAGCCUAUAAGGGAGCUAGCACAUGGGCAGAUUCGGGGAGAUUAAAUCACUUGGCGACUAAUCGCCUCUUCAGCGCGGCGACAA